AGCGGCGGACUGCCCUGCGUGUGUGAGCGAGAGGUUGUCCUCUACGGGUUUUCGGAACCCCCUGGUUUUGUAAGGUGGUGUCUGUUGGCGGCGGCGUGUCUUUAUCGGCUAGAAGCUCAGGUUAAGGUGGGAGGAUGACAUCCAGAGGGACGCCGAGCCGCUUCCUGAGGAGCGUCCUUCAGAACGGCGUGGGCCGGUACGUGUGUCAGCUGAAGCGGAUCUCCAUCAUCUUCUCCAAGAAAUCCCAGAGCUCCCUGGGAGUCAGGGAUUUCAUAGAGGAGGGAGUGGUGGAUUACGCCAAGAUGAACCCAGGCACCGUCGUCUACGUGUCUCCUCAGCCCUGCAGAGUCCCUAAAAUAGUUGCCGAGUACUUGAACGGAAACACGAAGGAGGAGCUGAUCACCAACAAAACGUCACAGCAGGUCCUAGAGGUCCUCACCAAGCUGACCAACCAGUCUGGCCUCGACAUCAUCCGUAUCCGCAAGCCGCUUCACACCGACAGUCCCAGCAUCCAGGGCCAGUGGCACCCGUUCACAAACCGCCCCCCAUCCCUCGGCCUCAUCAGACCACAGAACCAACACGCAGAGUAAAGACUGGCUGGAACUGCUGCGUGCUUCCAGAAACCAAUCGGGUUCCUGCAGACCGACCCGUUAGCCGGCAGCAUCAGGGCCAAACGCAGAAGCUUCCAGGCAGCUUUGAACGCCGGAUGCAUAUGUCAGCGACUCGAGAGCUGCCGUGCUAAGCAGCAGUUGACUUUUUUUUUUUUUCAUUGCAAUAUUAUUAGAAUUUUUGUGUGGUCAGUGCAUUGUAUUAAAAUUUAAGAACAGUCAAAAUAAAUGAUGCAGAUGUGUUUU